CUGAGAAUCGCAGUGCGAAGUGGAAUAGUUCAGUGCCUCAGCAGGGCAAUUUUCAUGGGUGGUGUCUGAGUCAUGGGUGUUGAUGGUCGGUCCAGAACAAUGAUCAGACCAGUUCUUUUCCUGCUGCUUGCAGCAGCACUCACAUGUCGAGCCUCAGAACAAAAAAUACUUGUGCUGCUUGACGAUCCUCUCAUACGAAGCACCCACAGCCUCUUCUUCAGUGACCUGAGCAGCAGAGGAUACGAGAUCUCCUUCAAGUCUGCUAGCGAUAGAAAACUGCAGCUGAAGGAUUGGGACGAAUGGCUGUAUCAAAAGGUUAUCGUCUUCGCGCCUUCUGCAACAGAUUUUGGUGGCGACAUUGACGACGGCACUCUUUUAGAAUUUGUCGAUGCCGGCAAUGAUGUACUCAUUGCAGUGGACUCGAAGGCUUCUGAGCUGAUAAGGGGUCUGGUGGCGGACAUUGGCAUUGACUUGGAGGCCAAGGGAACAGUGGUGACAGACCAUGUGGGUUUUGUGAAGUCAAGCAGCGACGGCCACAGCCUCAUUGCCUCGGAGGAGUUUGUGCAAUCUGAGGCAGUGCUUGGAAAUUUCACUGACCGCUCCCCCAUCUUAUUCAAGGGGACAGCUGCAAGCAUCUCGCCUGAGAGCACACUGGCCAUCAGCAUUCUGGGCGCCCCAGAGACGGCCUUCAGCUAUCUCCAUGGGAAGGCAGUGACUGAGAAUCCCCUGGUGGCAAAUGGCCACGCCACUCUGGUGGCCGGUGUGCAGGCUAGGAGUGGUGCACGCGUUGUGGUAGCAGGGUCUGUGGACAUGUUCAGCAAUGCCUACUUCAAUUCUGCCGGCUUUGAAACCUCAUCCGGCAAGAAGUGCAGCAAGGCGGGUAACAGGGCGUUCUGCAGUGAGGUGACCCGCUGGGCCUUCCAUGAGCGGGGUGUGCUGCGGGUGACCAAUCUGCACCACAGCCAUGCUGGCAAGCAGGAGCAGCCGGACUGGUACCGCGUCACUGACGACCUCCAGUUCGGCCUUGACAUCCACGAGCUUGUGGGCGGCAUCUGGCAGCCAUUCAGGGCUGAUGAUGUGCAGGUGGAGUUUGUGAUGCUGGACCCCUAUGUCCGUGCCGACCUGCAGCACAAUGACCAGGGGCACUUCUACACAGCUUUCAAGGUGCCAGAUGUGUACGGUGUUUACAAGUUUGUCAUAAAUUACCGCAAACCAGGUUACACGCCUCUGGACUUGGCAAAGAGGGUGUCAGUGCGACCCUACCGGCACAAUGAGUUUGAGAGGUUCCUGGUGGCUGCAUAUCCGUACUACAUGAGCGUGUUUUCGACAAUGGCAGCCUUUUUCGUGUUUGGCAUUGUCUUCUUGUAUCACAAGUGAAUUGAUCGUGAGGAUCCGUGCAAUGUUGAAAAUCCAUUGUUACAAUCAAUUCAGCUGU